CGCACCUCUGCGAACAUGGCGCUGCGAGCGGCGCGGAGUGCGCGGGCCGCGGCCUGCAGCCUGCGCGCCGCCUGGGCCCCCCCUCUGCCCUGCCCGCCGCGGCUCUGGGGGCUGAGGGCAGGCGCCGUCCGGACGCUGCGCACGGGCCCCGCUCUGCUCUCGGUGCGUAAAUUCACAGACAAACAUGAAUGGAUAACAACAGAAAAUGGUAUUGGAACAGUGGGAAUCAGCAAUUUUGCACAGGAAGCUUUGGGGGAUGUUGUUUACUGUAGUCUGCCUGAAGUUGGGACAAAAUUGAACAAACAAGAUGAGUUUGGUGCUUUGGAAAGUGUGAAAGCUGCUAGUGAACUCUAUUCUCCUCUAUCAGGAGAAGUAACUGAAAUUAAUGAAGCUCUUGCAGAAAAUCCAGGACUUGUCAACAAAUCUUGUUAUGAAGAUGGUUGGCUGAUCAAGAUGACACUGAGUAACCCUUCAGAACUAGAUGAACUAAUGAGUGAAGAAGCAUAUGAGAAAUACAUAAAAUCUAUUGAGGAGUGAAAAUGGAACCCCUAAAUAAACUAGUAUGAAACAAACUUAAUCUAGCAUAGUUGUCUUAAAUUAGUGGUGGACAAAAGAUUUAAAAUAGCAACUUUUAGCAAUAUCAAUGGCAAAAGAAACUACUUGCAACCAUGCUGCUGGAAGAAAAUACCCCUUAACUUUUUAAUGAUUGCAGAUAAACACAAUAUGCAUCUGUUUCACACCACCUUAUGAUUUUUAGGCUAGGAUCCAGUUAUAAUAUUCAGAAUUCCUGAAAUUACCCGUGGUAAAAACUAAUUAUAAGUAAUUCAAGGAUAACAUUGUUAUCUUAAGCCUUAAUUGUAACUUGCUUACAUCCAUCUCUGAUUUGGAUCAAAAUACUUAAUGAUCUUUCCAUUGGAAAUAACUGGCAAUGGAGAAAAGUUUUUGUUGUACAGUGUCAGAUGAAGAACAAGACUAUCUUAAUUUUGCAAUAUACUGUGUUUGCUGGUGCUAUUUUUAUACAGCGAAGCAACAGCAUUGCAGGAAAAUAAGAAACAGUUUAAUAAUAAAACAUUCAACUUCUUCAUUAA